UAAGGACUAAGGAGCAAUACCAACUCCCAAGUCUUUCUAAUGAAAAGGUAGGCGCCAUUGAUUAAUUUGGCUUUCUGGGCUGGUUUCACACUUCCAUGGUCCGAGUUUAAUGGUUGAGAGAGUCCAGGAAGAAAAGAGAAAAGAGUAGUUGAGCUCUAGCCAUUUGGGAAUGGAAGAACUAAGAAGAAAACCACAAAAGUAGAAGUUUUUUAGACGAAGAAGACAAUCACAGGCCUUGGAAGUACUUUCUUGUCCUGACAGUUUAUCUACUCCUGAACUUAACAAAAUUUCUAUAAUUCCAUGAACUAAUAGUCAACAAUCCCCUUCAUCUUCCUCUUCUUAAAUACCCAUUAUCCUUCAACACUCUUCCAAAUACAGAGUCUCAUUUUGAUCCCCAGGUACCAAAGGAAAAAGGGCUUGAAUCGAUUCCUCUAUCAUUACAAAGAUUUACAGAGACUUCUCAGCCCUUUAUCUUAUCUGGGUAUCAUCAAUUCCCCUGUUUCAGGCUUUCACCUCUUGAUAUUUAGAGCUCAACAUGGCUACAACUUUCAGACCUGUUUUGUUGUUCUGUGUUCUUAUAUCCUUGUUUUUCUCAUCCUCUGCUCAGUCUUGCUCAAGCUAUACCUUCAAUAGCAACAGAAUCUUCAGCAAGUGCAGCGACCUUCCUGUCCUCAACUCUUUCCUUCAUUGGACUUACAAUUCAUCAUCCGGAACCAUCGAUAUUGCCUAUAGACAAACCGGAGUCUCUUCAUCUCGAUGGGUUGCUUGGGCAAUCAAUCUUAAAAGUGCUACCGCGAUGGCUGGAGCUCAGGCUCUAGUUGCUUACCAACUUAGCAAUGGAACCAUGACUGCUUACACAUCCUCUAUAGACAAUGACAGCCCAACGUUGCAGCAGAGCAGCCUGAGUUUUAAUGUCUACAAUCUCUCAGCAGAGUUUCUGAAUAGCGAAAUGAUAAUCUAUGCAACUGUGGAGCUCCCAAACAAUAGCACUACUGUGAAUCAGCUCUGGCAAGAUGGUCCUCUUUCAGGGACCACUCCUAUGGGUCAUCAAACUUCAGGUGAUAAUAUAAAAUCCUUGGGAAGUAUUAGUUUUCUGUCUGGACAAUCCACAGCUGCUUCAGGAGGAAACUCAAGAGCCAGAAGAAAGAAUGUUCAUGGGGUGUUGAGUGCAGUCAGCUGGGGAAUUCUAAUGCCUAUUGGUGUUAUUAUAGCUAGAUACUUGAAGGUGUUCAAGUCUGCAGAUCCUGCCUGGUUUUAUCUCCACAUUGCUUGUCAAUCCUCUGCAUAUAUAGUUGGGGUUGCUGGAUGGGGAUUAGGUCUCAAACUUGGUAGUGAAUCUUCUGGCAUUCAAUAUGACUCUCACAGAAACAUUGGGAUUACCCUAUUUGUUUUUGCCACACUUCAGGUGUUUGCUCUGCUUUUGAGACCCAGUAAAGAUCAUAAGUACAGGUUGUACUGGAACAUUUACCAUUGGUCAAUUGGAUACAGUGUCAUCAUCCUUAGCAUCAUCAACAUCUUCAAGGGUUUUGAUAUUUUGGACCCUGAGAAGAAGUGGAAGAAAGCCUAUAUUGGUAUUAUUAUCUGUUUGGGCAUCAUAGCAUUGAUGCUGGAAGCCAUUACUUGGUUUAUUGUUCUGAAGAGGAGGAGGUCAAUCAGCACAGAAAAAUCUCACUCUGGUGUGAAUGGGGUGCAUGGGAAUGGAGAUGGUGCUAGGCCAGGAGUCUAGAUUAGAGAGAGAGAGAGAGAGAGAGAGAGAGAGAUAGAGAGAUGGGCCCACUGAUUUUUUUCUUUUACUCUUGCUAUUUAUUAUUAUUGAGGUUCUCCUUACGUUUGAAGCUAUUCUUUUUAGUUGUGUUUGGUUUGUAUUUUCGGAAUAGAUUCUGUCUAGAUCACAUUCUGAUAUUUGAUUCUUAUCUAUCGUCCCACUUUAAUGCGUUUUAGACCUGGAAUCUUUUUUGAAAAUUCAUACCAAAAAAACUGCUUGGGAGUGUAGGGUAUUAUUUGGGAGAUGGUUAUCAUAUUCCUUGUGAUGCAUGUAUUUAUCUAUUUCUGUA